UAUCUCAAAUACGCCCUCGCACUGGCAUCAGUGCUUCCCCUCACUUUGGCUCAGACAUUCUCUGACUGCAACCCUCUGAAGAAGACCUGCAAGCCUAACCCAGGCUUGAACAGCAAGACUUUCAGUUCUGACUUCACCAAGGGUAAAUCCGCCUUGGACGGCUGGCUCACUGUCAGUGGCAAUGUUGAAUUCGGUGAUGAUGGUGCCGAGUUCACCGUUGCGAAGAAGGGAGAUGCGCCCACCAUUGACACUGAUUUCUACUUCCUCUUUGGUAAAGCUGAAGUGGAGUUGAAAGCUGCUCCCGGUACUGGUAUCGUGAGCAGCAUUGUCCUCGAGUCGGACGUUCUUGAUGAGAUUGACUGGGAGGCUCUUGGUGGCGACACUACUCAGAUCCAGACCAACUACUUUGGAAAGGGUGACACCUCCAGUUACGACCGUGCAACCUUCGAAACUGUGGCCACUCCCCAGGAGACCUUCCACACCUACACGAUUGAAUGGUCUCCCGAGUCAAUCUCUUGGGCCAUUGACGGCAACACUGUCCGUACACUGAACUACGCCGAUGCCAAGGGCGGAAGCCGCUUCCCCCAGACCCCUGCACGCCUGAGACUCGGCAUCUGGGCCGGUGGUGACCCCAGCAAUGAGCAGGGUACCAUUGAAUGGGCUGGUGGCCAGACUGACUACAGCGGGGCUCCCUUCACGAUGUAUGUGAAGUCUGUCCACAUCGAGAACACCCACCCCGCUGGCGAGUACACCUACUCGGACAACUCAGGCGAGUGGAAGAGCAUCAAGUUCAGCGGCUCCACGUCUGAUGACGAUGAUACUUCAACCAAGUCGACCUCCUCCACCUCGAGCGAGUCUAGCACUUCGACUAGCAGCAGU